AUGUCUCCACCUGCAAUGGCUGUUGCUGGAGCUGGCUCAGCGACUAAGGAUGUCAAGAGAGAGUCGGGCACUGCUCGUCUGCUGGGAUCAGGAUCUGCUGGAAUUGCGGAACUGCUCAUCUUCCAUCCGAUUACCAAUGUUUCCGAAUUGAACAAGGUUAUCUUCAAGGAAUAUUCCUCCGCCGGUGUUGUGCGCAAAUUCACGUCCCUCUUCCCCGGUCUUGGAUACGCUGCUGGAUAUAAGGUUCUGCAAAGAAUAUACAAGUAUGGUGGCCAGCCAUUUGUGCGUGACUUCCUAGGCACAAACUACGGAAAGGACUUCGACAAUGCCUUUGGAAAGGGAACCGGCAAGGCCAUCAUGCACGCUACUGCUGGAAGUUUAAUUGGUAUUGGAGAAAUUGUCCUCCUGCCACUCGAUGUCCUCAAGAUUAAGCGACAAACCAACCCAGAGGCUUUCCGUGGCAGAGGCCUCUUCAAAAUCAUUGCUGAUGAGGGCAUGGGCCUCUACCGUGGUGCUGGCUGGACUGCUGCUCGUAAUGCUCCUGGUUCUUUUGCUCUGUUUGGUGGUUCCGCUUUCACCAAGGAAUAUCUCUAUGGUCUCACUGACUAUAACUCGGCAACCUGGUUCCAGAACUUCAUUGCCUCGAUUGCCGGUGCCAGUGCGUCUCUCAUUGUUUCUGCUCCUCUCGAUGUGAUCAAGACACGCAUCCAGAACCGAAACUUCGAGAACCCUGAGUCCGGAUUCCGUAUCGUCAGCAGCAUGGCCAGAAACGAGGGAAUGACCGCCUUCUUCAAGGGAUUAACUCCCAAGCUUCUCAUGACUGGUCCCAAGCUCGUGUUCAGCUUCUGGCUAGCACAGACCCUUAUACCCGCCUUUGGGAAGGUUGUCUAA